CGCGGCCCACAGACCUCAGAGCCGGACCCUCCGCCGCAGCCCCAGGCCCUCGGUCACUUUGUUCAUUGGCGGCGCGGAGCAGCGGAGUCUGCGGGCCUACAGCGGCGCCAGACGCGAUGGACCCGUUCACCGAGAAACUGCUCGAGAGAACGCGUGUCAGGCGAGAGAACCUGCAGAAAAAGAUGGCCGAGCGGCCGCGCGCAGCGGCCAGGGCCUCAGCCCAGACCAAGCGGCCUCGGGAGCCUCUGGCCGAAGCCAACCACCAGCUGCCGCCGCGGGAGGGAGAAGAAAGAGCUUGCACAAAGCCUUCCCCCUCGAAACGAGCUUGUUCGGACCCCCCAGAGGCGCCCCCUUCGAACCUGGAAAACCGGGUGCCGGCGGCGGCCUCCCCUCCUGCACGUUCUCCUCCACAAGCCCCUCCUGCGCCGGGGGCCGCUGCUGCCCCGGGGCAGCCCUGCUCCCCCGUGCGGGAGGCUGCCACGCCAGCCGCCGCCUCUGUUAAAAGCCGCAUGCAGAGACUCGCCCAGCAGCGGCGCGGCUGGGACACUGACGAUGGCGUCCCCGAGCAGCCCAGCCCGGCUCCCAGGCCGGCCGCGGAGCAGAGCGAGGCUCCCCCGGAGCCCGCCGCCGCCCCGAUAGGGAGACGGGGCCGCCUGGCCAACCUGGCUGCCACCAUUUGUUCCUGGGAAGAUGACCUCAGCCACCCGUCUGCCAAGGCCGGCCGUGGCCAGGAGCAGCCUGGCACCGCUUGUUUGUCCGCCGCACCAUCUGCUCCCGUCAAUAGCCGCUCUGUUGGCCAGAGAGCUCCCGGCUGCUCCCGCCCGGAGCCAGGGGCCCCGGCGGCCGGCUCGGCAGCCAGCUCGCAGGACGCCGGCUCCGGGAGUCCUCGGAAGGCUGCUGCUGCCCCGCUGAAGCCCUGCCUGGCCUCCGGGACGAGUCCUGCACGAGCAGAAAAGGCUGCCGGCCCGCUUCUGCCCACGGAGCGUGCCAGGCCGGGGCUCCAGGCAGGGCCAUCCCAAGCCGGGCCGCCUCGCCCCAGAGACCAGGCCGCCACCACCCCAGGGGGAGCCGGCAUCAAGCCCUUCUUGGACCGCUUUGGAGAAGGCCGCCAAGAGCUGAGCAGAGAGAGCCCUGCGGCGCCGACCCCGCCUCGAGCGCCCGUCGUCACCCCCCACACCAAGGCCAUCCAGGAGAGGCUGCUCCGGCACAACGCGGCGCCCUCGUCCGCCACCUUCAGCCAGCAGCUCAAGCAGGAACGCGAGAAGGAGCUCGCCAGCCUCCGGGGCCGCCUGGACAAGGGCAAUCUGUGGGCCACAGAGCGAGGGGAGAGCUCCAGGAGCAAGGCGGCGGCGGGCGCCCAGGAGGAACCGCAGCGUCAGCAGAAUGGCCUGCCCCGGACGUCCCCGGCCAGUCCCGAGAAGGAGCAGCCCCUGAAGUGUCCCGGCAUCGAGCCUGUGGGCGGUCCUGAGAGCGAGAUGAGCACGUCGAGUCCUCUGAGGAUAACGCUGUUCCUGGAAGAGGAGAGGUCCCGGGAAGCCCCUCCGGAGGCCGAGGCCAAGAAGCAGCCAGAGGAGGUGCGUGAGGGGGAGCAGAGCUCGGGCCACGGGGAGGACCUCGACAGCUCCAAAGUCAUCAGCGACAUCUUCAGUGGAGUCUUGGAGGGGAACGAAGAGGGCCUGGAGCCUCAGGAGAGCUGGGAAGAAGCCGGCAGCCCCGACGAUGCCCUGAACAUUUCGUCCAUGUCUUUGCUGACCCCGCUAGAAGAGACCGUGAACGCCAGAAGUCCCGAGGGGCUCGCUUCCUCGCCCAGUCUGGAAGUCAAAGAGAGCGGCGCGAGCGACGAAGGUCCCGAGGCCGGGAAGUUCCAGAGGACCCGGGUGCCCAGAGCCGAGUCCGAGGACAGCCUCGGCUCUGGGGAGCGGGACCUUCUCUACAGCAUCGACGCCUACCGCUCGCAGAGGCUCAGAGGGAUCGAGCGCCCCUCCAUAAAGCAGGUGAUCGUUCGCAGAGAAGACGUCUCCUCCAGGCUGGAAGGGAGCAGGGAGGCUCGGCCCUGCCACGUGGAUGUCAAGCAGAAGAUGCAGGAGCUGAACAACGAGGUCAAUCUGCAGCAGACGGUGAUUUAUCAGGCCAGCCAGGCUCUGAAUUGCUGCACGGACGGAGAGCACGGCAAGGGGUCCCUGGAAGAGGCGGAAGCCGAGCGGCUCCUCCUGAUCGCAACCGAGAAAAGGGCGGCUUUGAUUGAAGAACUGAAUAAGCUGAAGAGCGAGGGGCCCCGACGACAGCCCAGAGGCGGCCCCGACGCGGUGGCUCCCUCGAGGGGCUCCGUCGCCCUCUCCGAGUUCCGGCUGCCUCUGAAAGCCGACUUUGUCUGCGACGUGGCUCAGAGGGCAGAGUCGACGUAUUACUACUUAAUCAUGCUGAAGGCUGGAGCCGAGAACAUGGUGGCGACGCCUUUGGCGAGCACUGCCGACUCCCUCACCGGAGACGCGCUGACCUUCACGACCACGUUCACUCUGCAAGACGUGUCCAAUGACUUUGAAAUCAGUGUGGAAGUGUACAGCUUGGUCCAGAAGAGAGCGCUCCCGGGGCCCGAGAAGAAGAGGAAGGCGGCCAAGGCCAAGGCCAUCACUCCAAAGCGGCUGCUGACCUCCAUCACGGCUAAAAGCAGCCUGCAUUCAGCCAUGGCCAGCCCGGGGGGCUUCGGCGCCGUGCGCACCAGCAACUUCGUGCUCGUCGGCUCUCACAGCCUGUCACUGGCGUCCGUGGGAAGGACCCGAUUUGCUUUGGACAAGAUAAAUUAUGAUGUAAAGGAACGGGAGCUUCUGGGCUAUUUGUUCCAGGACAAGGUGCCUUUCCUGUGUCCCCUGGAAGGUCAUCUCCACUUAAAAAUAAAGUGCCAGGUGGACUCGUCGGUGGAAGAAAGGGGCUUUCUGACCAUCUUUGAGGACGUCAGUGGCUUCGGGGCUUGGCACAGGCGUUGGUGUGUUCUUUCUGGAAACUGCAUCUCGUACUGGACCUACCCGGACGACGAGAAGCGGAAGACCCCCCUCGGGAGGAUCAACUUGGCCAACUGUACCAGUCGUCAGAUAGAGCCGGCCAACCGAGAGUUCUGUGCCCGACGCAAUACAUUCGAACUCAUUACCGUCCGGCCACAGAGAGAAGACGACAAAGAAACUCUUGUUAGCCAGUGCCGAGACACGCUCUGUGUCACCAAGAACUGGCUCUCUGCGGACACCAAAGAGGAGCGCGAUCUGUGGAUGCAGAAACUCAACCAGGUCCUGGUGGACAUUCGCCUCUGGCAGCCGGAUGCCUGCUACAAGCCAGUGGGCAAGCCCUGAGGCGCUGCAGGAGGCCCCGGUGCCCCUCCCGGGUCCGGACUUGCUGUUGUGUCUCUGUCUGUCUGUGUAACUCCCUACUAACCUCCCUCGGACCCCAGCGCGCAGGGGAGCCGGCCUGGUGUCCAGGCCGCCGUGCGCCGUCUUCAGAGCUCUCCACUGGCCUCUCUGCGGCUCCCAAACACCGAGCGGGGCCCUGGGGGAAGGGGACGAGGACCCCCGGCCUUGGCGAGCCUCGCCUGGCCUCGGCGGCGCUCUCUGGCUCCAGCUUUUACUAAUGGAUUUCGGUCUUCUCCCGGUACUCCUCCUCCCCCCGGCUCCCCGCAGCGCCCCCGAGGGAGGAGGCCGGGGCACAGCAGGGGCCGCUCCCAGGCACUCACACAUCACUUUCAGAGCAGGCGGGCCGGCCGUAUUUCGGUGACGGCCUCGGCCCUCCCUGGGGCCCUGACCAGCGGGGUUUGGUGCAAGGAUUGUGGGGUUUUGCUAGUAAGUACAGAAUUUGUAUGAAGCUGCUACGGACUAACGCUUUACUUGCCAAAGGCCUGGCUUUCCUCUUUGUUUCUUGAAACAGCAGCGAAACCGGCGCUUCAAAUCGCUUGCCUGAGAAGCUUCCGGCACGCGUGCGGUUCUUAGCAGAACCCCGAGGACGCUGGGAGCGGGCCUUCCGCCGGGCACUUUCCCAAUUUAAAGCUGUUGGUUCUCAUCCUAAAACACUAAUUGCCGCCACUCUUCUCCUGUCACUCGAUAGGGUUUCUUUGGAAAUCUGGUUGUACUCCGACGUGUACCCUAAAAUAUAUAUUUUAUGUAUUUACCCAAAUAAAUGCUUGUACAUAG